GGGAGGGGUCUCCGCAGGUGAAGCUGGGAGGCACAGAGCCAUCUUAGUGCCCGGGCCGGGGAGGGGAGUCCCCGCCGCCCGCGCGUCAGGAGCGGGAGCUGGGCCGAAGCGGAGUCCGCGCGGGGGAGCUGGGGCCAUGGGCGUCUAGAGCGCAGGCGACAGCCCGGAGCCGCGGGUCCCAGCCCCGGGGAGGUGGCGGCGUUGCCGGCCGCAUCCACAAGCGGCUGAAGCAGCGCCGCGCCCCGGGCCCCCAUGGGGCAGGAGCCGCUGCCGCCCUCGCUUCGGUAACCAGCCGUCGCCGCCGCCUCGCUUUCCCCCGGGCUCCGCUUCCCGCCCGCCGCCACCUGCCCCGGGCAGCGCUCCCCGCCGGCCGCCUCGGCCUCAGCCUCCCCUGCUGCUGCCCCGGGCCCGGCUCGGCCCGGCCCCGCAGCGCUUGGGCACUGCUUGCCCCGGCACUUGGCGGUCGUGCGAGCGAGGGGCAGGUCCGGGCCCUUCCCCCGGCGGCAGGAGGAAGAGCGGGUGCACAGCGCUGCGUUUCCAUCUCUUCUGCACUUAAAGCGAGAGCAAAGCACAACCUCAGGGAGCCCGGUCCCGUCCCGUCCCGUCCCGCCCCGCCCCGCAGGAGCCGGUUUGAGUCCAAUAGGGGGCCUGAACAGAGCUGAUAUUUUUAAGUGCCAGGAGAAGCUGCCCUGGAGCUGUGUCCAUCUGCCUGAGUGAACAGGUCCAUCUUUCUUUCCUUGUGGCUGUUGGAUGUGAUGGAACUCAUGUUUGCGGAGUGGGAGGACGGGGAAAGGUUUUCAUUUGAAGACUCUGACCGCUUUGAGGAGGACUCUCUUUGUUCCUUCAUCUCGGAGGCCGAGAGCCUUUGCCAGAACUGGAGAGGAUGGAGGAAGCAGUCAGCUGGACCCAACUCGCCCACUGUCAAAAUGAAAGAUGGGCUGGUGAUCCCAUUGGUGGAGUUGUCUGCAAAGCAGGUAGCAUUUCACAUUCCAUUUGAGGUGGUGGAGAAAGUCUACCCACCAGUGCCUGAACAGCUGCAGCUUCGGAUCGCCUUCUGGAGCUUCCCAGAGAAUGAGGAGGAUAUCAGAUUGUACUCCUGCUUGGCGAACGGCAGUGCGGAUGAAUUCCAGCGGGGGGAGCAACUAUUUCGAAUGAGGGCUGUCAAAGACCCUCUCCAGAUAGGUUUCCAUCUGAGUGCUACAGUAGUACCGCCGCAGAUGGUGCCACCGAAAGGUGCAUACAACGUGGCAGUGAUGUUUGACCGAUGUAGGAUCACCUCGUGCAGCUGUACCUGCGGAGCUGGGGCCAAGUGGUGUGCCCACGUCGUGGCCCUCUGUCUCUUCCGGAUUCACAACGCAUCGGCAGUAUGCUUACGAGCACCUGUUUCAGAGUCCUUGUCUCGACUGCAAAGAGAUCAGCUGCAGAAAUUUGCUCAGUACUUAAUCAGUGAACUCCCACAACAGAUUCUUCCAACUGCUCAGCGUUUGCUGGAUGAGUUGCUGUCUUCUCAGUCCACUGCCAUCAACACCGUGUGUGGAGCCCCAGAUCCCACUGCUGGGCCCUCGGCCUCGGAUCAAAGCACGUGGUACCUAGAUGAAUCUACUCUGAGUGACAACAUAAAGAAAACCCUUCACAAAUUCUGUGGGCCCUCUCCUGUUGUUUUCAGUGAUGUGAACUCUAUGUACCUAUCCUCCACGGAGCCACCAGCUGCUGCUGAAUGGGCGUGUCUCCUUCGUCCCCUGAGAGGGAGAGAGCCGGAGGGGAUCUGGAAUCUGCUCUCCAUUGUCCGAGAGAUGUUUAAGAGGCGAGAUAGCAAUGCAGCCCCUCUGCUGGAGAUCCUAACUGACCAGUGUCUGACUUAUGAGCAGAUAACUGGUUGGUGGUACAGUGUGCGAACAUCCGCGUCUCACAGUAGUGCCAGUGGGCAUACUGGGCGCAGUAAUGGCCAGUCUGAGGUGGCUGCUCAUGCCUGUGCCAGUAUGUGUGAUGAGAUGGUGGUCCUCUGGAGGCUGGCUGUUCUAGAUCCAACCAUCAGCCCACAGAGGCGCAGGGACCUUUGCACCCAGCUCAGACAGUGGCAGCUGAAGGUCAUAGAUAACGUCAAGAGAGGACAGCACAAGAAAUCCCUGGAGAAACUCUUCCAGGGUUUCAAGCCAGCUGUUGAAGCUUGUUACUUCAACUGGGAGGAGGCGUAUCCCAUCCCUGGCAUUACCUACAGCAGCACUGACAAGAAGAACUCAUUCUGUUGGGUGAAGGCCAUUCAACAAAGGAACUGCCGGUUGCAGUGUGUGGAAACCACCUGUGAAGCUGGUAGAACCCCUGGACAGGAAUCUGGAGGAAUGUGUCUGCAGCCAGGGGACAGAACCCGUCCGUCUUCUCAAGAACCAGCUGUCCGUCCGAAGGAGCUCAUUGGGAAGAGGAAACUGGUCUCUGAUGCUCCUCAGAGGGUUUUAAGGCGACUUUCUGCAGAAGGAGAUAAAGCAGUUUAUAAGACAACAGUGGGGAAAGCCAAGCUGCCAGUAGGGAAAAGCUUGGCCAGUAAGCAUAGUGGGAAACGACGCAUGAGCAGUGAAGAUAGCUCUCUGGAGCCGGAUUUGGCAGAGAUGAGCCUGGAUGACAGCAGCUUAGCUCUGGGAGCAGAGGCCAGCAAUACAUUUAGUUUCACUGAGAGCUCCCUGAACAGAAGUUACAGGGACACUUUUGAGGAUGAUGGUGGCGUGUACUUCUCUGAGGGACCUGAGCCCAGCAUCAGGAGUACUCCCACUGCCAAGAAAAAUCCAAAGGAUCCUGUGGGAGAAAUGGGCAGUGGGGAUGACGAUCUGCCUUCUGCAGAUGAGAACAGCGGUGGUGCAAGCCUGAAGCCAGAAGAAGUGGGAGAGAAUGGUGCAGCUGGGGGAGGGGAUGAAGGGGAGGAGGAAGAUGAUUACCAGGUGUACUAUCUAAAUCCACAGGAGGUGGCCAAGGAAGAGGAUGAUAAGGCAGAGGUAGGCAAUGAAGAGGAGCAGGAUAUCUUUGCUGGCAUAAAGCCACUGGAACAGGAAAACCGAAUGGAGAUCCUCUUUGCCUGUGCAGAGGCACUCUAUGCACAUGGAUACAGUAAUGAAGCCUGCCGCUUAACUGUAGAGCUGGCCAGGGACCUACUCGCCAACCCUCCUGAUCUCAAGGUGGAGCAGCCACCAACCAAGGGGAAGAAGAACAAGGUGUCAACCAGCAAGCAGACAUGGAUGGCAACUAACACCCUGUCCAAAGCUGCUUUCCUGCUAACUGUGCUGAGCGAACGUCUGGAGUAUCACAACCUUGCCUUCCGCAUUGGCAUGUUUGCCCUGGAGCUACAGAGGCCACCAGCCUCUACCAAAGCCCUGGAGGUGAAGCUGGCAUACCAGGAGUCUGAGAUUGUGGCCUUGUUAAAGAAGAUCCCCUUGGGCACUAAUGAGAUGAACACUAUUCGAGGAAGGGCUGAAGAGCUGAGGGAGGGGACCUUGUGCGAUUAUCGCCCUGUCCUGCCACUCAUGCUGGCCAGCUUUAUAUUUGAUGUCCUGUGCACUCCAGUGGUUUCUCCUACAGGGUCCAGGCCCCCAAGCCGUAAUUGGAACAAUGAAAUGCCUGGGGACGAAGAACUUGGUUUUGAGGCAGCUGUUGCUGCUCUAGGUAUGAAGACAACUGUCAGCGAAGCAGAGCAUCCGCUGCUGUGUGAAGGCACUCGCAGGGAGAAAGGUGAUCUGGCUCUGGCCCUGAUGAUCACUUACAAGGACGACCAGUCUAAACUCAAAAAGAUUUUAGACAAACUGCUAGACAGAGAGAGCCAAACGCACAAGCCCCAGACGCUGAGUUCCUUCUACUCCUCCAGCAAGCCCACAGUAGCCAAUCAGAAAUCUCCUUCCAAACACGCUGCCCAAUCCACUACAGCAAUCCAGCAGCUUCCAGGGUCUUCAGUCACACAGCAAGCAGGUGUAACUGCUGCAGUCCAGAGCAGUCCUUCUGAAAGCUUUGUGGAGAAGAGUGCACAGGAGAGCUCUCAGAGGUCCUCUUGUGAGCCAGCUGGGGAGUCCAGUGUCUUGAAACAAGAGGGGAAGGUCCCCAGUCGUCUGGCUCUUGGAAACAGAGGUGGAUACAAUGGAAGAUGCUGGGGCUCACCUGUUCGACAGAAAAAGAAACACACAGGCAUGGCCAGCAUUGACAGCAGCGCUCCCGAAACGACCUCUGACAGCUCUCCAACCCUCAGUCGGCGGCCACUGCGAGGGGGCUGGGCAGCUACCUCCUGGGGCAGAGGGCAGGACAGUGACAGCAUCAGCAGCUCUUCAAGUGACUCGCUGGGUUCAUCAUCCUCUAGUGGCAGCAGGAGAGCCAGUGGUGGAGCACGUGCAAAGACCGUGGAAGUUGGCAGGUACAAGGGGCGGCGGCCAGAGAGCCAUGCGCCUCACGUCCCAAACCAGCCUUCGGAGGCAGCUGCUCAUUUCUACUUUGAACUGGCCAAGACUGUCCUUAUCAAGGCAGGUGGAAACAGCAGCACAUCCAUCUUCACCCACCCAUCCUCCAGUGGUGGGCACCAGGGGCCCCACCGCAACCUCCACCUCUGCGCCUUUGAGAUUGGGCUCUAUGCGCUGGGGCUGCACAACUUUGUCUCCCCCAACUGGCUCUCUCGAACCUACUCCUCCCACGUCUCGUGGAUCACAGGACAGGCCAUGGAGAUUGGCAGUGCAGCCUUGAACAUCCUUGUGGAAUGCUGGGAUGGACACUUGACGCCUCCAGAGGUGGCCUCAUUGGCAGACAGGGCCUCAAGAGCCAGGGACUCCAACAUGGUGCGAGCGGCUGCUGAACUUGCACUAAGUUGCCUGCCUCAUGCCCAUGCCCUGAACCCAAAUGAGAUCCAGAGGGCCCUGGUGCAGUGCAAGGAGCAGGAUAACCUGAUGCUGGAAAAAGCCUGCAUGGCUGUGGAAGAGGCGGCCAAAGGAGGUGGGGUGUACCCAGAAGUCCUGUUUGAAGUGGCACACCAGUGGUACUGGCUUUAUGAACAGACUGUAGGUGGGACCCCGGCACAGAGGGAAGGAGCCACUGGCUGCAGUGCUAGUGGUGCCCGGGCAGCCUCUGAAGCAGCACGUGGGUUGACUGACAACAGAGUGACCUCUGAACCGACCACAGUGACAGUGGCAGCUGCUGUGACGGCAGCAGCAACAGUGGUGCCGGUGAUCUCUGUGGGGUCGACCAUGUACCAGCAGCAUACGAUGGCAGGGCCAGCAAUGGCGCAUGCACACACACAAGGCCUCCACCCUUACACUACUCUCCAAACCCACAUACCCUGUAAUCCCCAAUAUAUUGGACAUCCUAUCCAGCACAUGCCACGCCCAGCAGUCUUCCCUGUGCCUGGCUCAGCAUACCCCCAGGGUGUCCACCCAGCAUUUAUAGGUGCACAAUAUCCUUACUCGGUAACAACGCCAUCUCUGGCAGCUACAGCAGUGUCGUUCCCGGGGGUGCCAGUUCCAUCCAUGACACAGAUCGCUGUGCAUCCAUACCACACUGAGACAGGACUGUCACUAUCUUCCAAUGUAGCAAUAGGAAGCGUCCAUGCGGGGUCAACCUUCCCAGCAAUUCAAGGGGCUUCCUUGACGACACUGUCCUCCCAGCCCAACUCCCUUGUUACAGGGGGCUUUCCUGCCGAGGAUGAACAACACAGCCAACCUGUGAGCCCUCAGGGCCUGCACUACCUCCAUUCUGCCUACCGAGUUGGAAUGCUGGCACUGGAGAUGCUUGGUCGUAGAGCUCACAACGAUCAUCCCAACAACUUUUCCCGCAGUCCGCCGUACACAGAGGAUGUGAAAUGGCUCCUGGGAUUAGCUGCCAAGCUAGGUGUCAACUAUGUGCAUCAGUUCUGUGUUGGUGCAGCCAAGGGUGUGCUGAGCCCUUUUGUGCUGCAGGAGAUCAUCAUGGAAGCUCUGCAGAGGCUCAACCCUGCCCAUGUCCACAAUCAUCUGCGCACUCCAGCCUUCCACCAGCUGGUACAAAGGUGCCAGCAAGCAUACAUGCAGUACAUUCACCACCGGUUGAUCCACCUCACUCCAGCUGACUAUGAUGACUUUGUGAAUGCCAUCCGCAGCGCCAGAAGCGCCUUCUGCCUGACGCCCAUGGGCAUGAUGCAGUUCAAUGACAUCCUCCAGAAUCUAAAGCGGAGCAAGCAGACCAAGGAGCUGUGGCAAAGGGUCUCUCUGGAAAUGACGACCUUCUCGCCAUGAUGGCCAGCAGAGCCCUAUGGACCUGCAGCUCUCAGCCCUGGUUUAGCUUUAGUUCCAUUCACACCAUCCUUCCUUAUGGUGUUUUUUUUAUUUUAGUUUUAAAUUGUUGGCAACCACUGAUCUAGUAUAUUUAUACCAUGACAUUCCUCUGGCACCGCGGCACAUCAGCGCUCUGCUUCGCUCGCUCACUCUUCCUCCUCCCCAGUGGGCCAUGGGCCUUGAAAGCACGAGGGAGUAAGGAAGUGAAGCUGGCUGCCCUGUGCCUCAGAGGCUGCCCCACGAGCGGCGCGCAGUGUUUGCGUGUGAGGGGUGGGGGGAGUCUGUCUUCAAAUAUUUAUUUUGGCAUUUAUAAAUAUGUAAACUUUUUUUAUGGGCUUCUCUUCCUUCAUAGGCUGCCUCCUGUCAGGAGAGGCUGGGACUGCUCUCUGCACAGCUAGUACUCCCUUGCUAUUCUCUUCAGCAUCUCCUGCUGAGAGAGGCUGAGGUUGGAGUGGCAGGGAGCUCCUUGCUGCUAGAGCUGUCUUCACAAGUCUCCACAGCAGCUGCUGUUGGAAGAAGCAGGGGCUUGGACAGGCUUGCUCCAGGACUGUGUUCAGCUGCCUGGAGGAUUUGUUGAAGUGCUUGGGCUCCUUCCCAGGAGUGUUCCCGCAUGGGGCACUGCUGGGUCCGUAGGAUGUUCUGAUCCUGGUCGUUCCGAGUUGUACAAUCGUGUUCCUUUUGGCUGGGGUACUGCUCUCCUGUAAUCGAUUUCUUAUCCCUUGUCUCUUCUCGUUUCCUGAUUAAACACUCGUUUUCUUAGA